CCUCCUUACGAAGAGAAAUUGAAGACUUAAAUAAACAAAUUAAGGAUAAUAAAACCCUCCAUACUAGCCAACUCCAAGCCGAGCAAACCAAAUUAAGAGAAGCCUCCGAAAAACUAGCCAACCAAAUUGCUACCAACCAGCAAAAAGAGCAAACCAUCCACCAACUCCAAACUAACCUAAAAGAGAGUGAAAACACCCUCCAAACCACCCGAGAACAACUUAGCCAAUCCCAAAGCAAAAUCACCACCCUAGAAACCUCCAUCCUCACUCACCAGCAAUUAAAAGCCAAAUACGAAAAAGAAUUAAAAGCCAACCAAGCCAAAAUCACCCAAUUAGAACAAUCUCUCCAAGCCCAGCAUACUGAAAUUGCCGAAAAGGAUACCACUCUAAAAGAAAAAUCCACUCAACUCACCAACACCUUAAAAUCCCUUACUGACCUCCAAACCGAAAAUAAAAACCUUAAACAAACCCAGCAAGACCAAAAACAAAGAAUAAUUGCCCUAGAAGCCGAUAAAACCGACUUAAUUAAGCAAUUGUCCCAGGCCCAGGAAAAACACCAAUCCUAUCUCACCCAGCAAAAACAAAAAUGA